UUGCUUAUACAAUUUAAUACCUCUAUGACCUAAUGGUCACCAUGCCGGACUGCUACACUGGGGGUCCUGGGUUCGAUCCCCGGUCAGGUCAACAUGGAAAAUGAACUUUUUCAGAUUUACUUGGGUCUUGUAUAUUUAUCUAUAUAUGUAUAUGUUAUAGAUUAUAGUACCGUUGAGUUGGUAACCCAUAAUACAAGUCUCAAACUUAGUUUGGUGCCAACUCAAUUUGUGUGAUUUGUCCAUACAUAUUUAUUUAAUUGGUCCCACACUAGGCAACACGCCUGUCCUAUGGUAACCAAUGUUAUAGACCAUAACAUAUAACGUUAACAGUUAUCGACAAUAGGUUUACAGUAGAAGUUACUUGCUAUACAGUCAAAGAUACUACUUGUUUAAAAAGAAAGGAAAAAAGAUAAUCUUUUAAAAUUACACGUGGAGCUUGCAAGCAACUAUGCUUCACUGGACAUGAUAAUAAAUUGGACUGGAAUCUGUAGGACUUGUUCAGUAUCGAUGUAAUCCCAUUUUAUUAAGAGCGAUCUAAUCAGGUGCUUACAAAACUCAAUAAAUUAUGUAACUAAAAAACUCAAAAACAACUGCUAUAGAUUUGUACCUCAUUUUCUUUAAUUCUUCAGAGUAGCAUUGUUAUUAGUUUUAUGCAUGUGACUGUAAUUCUUAACGUUUACUUUUGAUAAUUACUAAUGAUUAUUUUCUGUUAAAAACAACAGAUAAUAUUAUAUCACCAUACCAAUUGCCUGGCUAUUGGUAGUGGUUGGUGUUAUCAGUAAUUUAUCAGUAUUUUUAAAUACGUCCAUUAAAUUGUUUGAUCAUAGAAAAUGAAACAUAAGUCAAAGAGCUUAUUUCUGGAAUACUUUGAAUAAGUCUCUGUAGUGUGCAAUGGCUACGAUGUUUUCGUUUCUCAUGAUCCUACUAAUAAUAAUGAUAAUUAGUACAGUUCACACAGUUUUAUUGCAAGUGAAGAGUGCUGUUGAAAGCGCAAUAACAGAAGAUUUUAAAGAAUGUGUUGGAAUGAUCAUCUCUACACAGUUACCGAUGGGAUCUCAAAUUAUGGCUUCAAAGAAAUCAGAUCGAUAUUUAUCUCACAUUCAUAAACUUAACCACGUUACUACCGUGUACAGGACUGACUUAAAUAAUUCAUAUAGAAAUUUACACCACAAUUAUUUGAUUGUCAUUAGCGAAAAUAAAGAAUUGAUAUCAACGAUUGAAAUUAUCAAAAAAGAUUUGUUUUGGAAUCCUCGAGCAAACUUUAUAAUUGUCAUCGAAUGUACGAAUCCCAAAAAUAAACUAAAUGAUGUGUUUAAGACACUAUUUCAAAACUAUAUUUUUGAAGUUUUAGUCGUAACACGAGAAGACGCUGCCCAAGUUAUUUAUACUUAUCUCCCAUAUCAUAAAUAUGAAUGUGGAAAUUACGAAAAUGUAAAAAGAGUAAAUGAUUGUAAAGGUCUCACAGUUGGCCGUAAUAUAUUUCCAGUUCCAGAAUCUAGAAGUUCUAAAAAUUGCAUUUUCCGAGUAAUUACACACCAUUUCCCACCUUUUGUAUUUUUGCCAGGUAAAGAUCGUAAAGUUGGAUUAGAAAAUGAUGUUAUUAAUCUAUUAGCAGAAAUGGAGCAAUUUGAUUUUGUAUAUGAAUAUGACCAAAUGUUUGAAAGAUUCGGUGAUAUUAACAAUAAUAAUCAAGCUACUGACCUACUUGGAGUUUUGCAAAAUGGAUCAGCAAAUAUUGCGCUGGGUGGAUUUGCCAAUAUGGGUAACCGAAAUCUGUUAUUUGAUUACAUUUGGACAUAUUUUACAUUUACAGACGAUUAUCUAAUGAUUUUCUCAUCGCGAGGAGAUAACUUGCCUAGAUGGGCUAUAUUUGUUCAUGCUUUCAGGAAUAAAACACGGAUUGUUUUAUUUGUAGUCACUUUGACCGUCUGCUUUUUGCUCAUUGUUAUUGAAAAGGCUUUUUCAUAUUUAAAGAGCACAACUUUCGCAAGUGUUAGCUCGAUAUUUUACUAUAUGUUGUUUACUAUUUGUGGGAAUACGGGAAACCUUCUACAACGAAGGUUUAAAUUUAAAAUGUGCCUUUUAAUUUGGGCGUGGUUUGUAUUUUUUGUCAACACCUUUUAUCAGUCUUCACUGUCAAGUUAUACUACGUUUAGAGGUAAAAUUAUCGAUGUUAAAGAUGUUGAUACAUUAGUGAGAAAAAACUAUAAACCAUGUAUUCCAAAUCCUGUAUUAGGGUAUAUGAAAGAUUCUAAGGUGUCGUUUUUUAAUCAUUUGGAACAUUUACCGCCAGAAUGCGAGAGUACUGAAUCAUCACUUUUAUAUUUAACAGAAAACAAAGGGUUUUAUACAGUUAAUGUUUUAUACAAAUAUCUUUAUGUCAUUAAUCAUACAAACAGAUGUAAAAUACAUAUGAUGCGAGUAGCACCGUUACAACGAAUGGAACGUGCAAUAUUUGUCAACAAAGGUUUUCCAUUUCUAGCUCAAUUUAACUAUCAAGUGCUAAAAUUAUCAGAAUCUGGCCUAUUCAUUAAAAGUUUUCGAGAUAUGAUAGAAAAGAGAUCCAUUUUAUUACAAAAGAGAGCUUGUCUCAGAAAAGGCAAAGGACCAUUUAAAAUUGAAAAUGUGUAUCAUGUUUAUUUGUUCUAUGUAAUAGGAGUGUGUAUAUCAAUUUUCGUUUUUAUUAUAGAAUUAAUCAAGUAAUAAAUAUAAUCGAUGUUUGAA